AUGUUAGAGCAUGUUGUUCGGAAGUUAAAAGGCGACUUGAAUGAGUCUUCCCUCUGGAACAUAGAUUUGCAUGCGAUUGUGGUUUGGUUGGAGAAUCAGUUAAGCAAGGUGAUUGAGGAUGUCUCUUGGGUUUUGUCACAUGGAAUCUCGAAACUGGUGGGAAAACUUAUCGUUGAUUUGUCCUUCUUCGAGGCUAACUGCUAUCUUCAAACCAUUUGUGUUGACUUUGGCAGGAGAUCUGGUUUUGAGAUGGUAAAUGCAGAGCACAAUCUGGGAUUGAGUGAGACUGACAUUCCUCUAUAG